AUGGACAAAACAAUCUUCUCUUUAAUUCAAAUGAUAGCUUCUUUUCUUUUGGUUUUGCUUCAGCUUAGUACAAUACCUGUAUUUGUUGUCUACCCAAAUCUUCGCAAUCGGAUUCUUUACCGUAUAAUGUUGUCAAUUGCCCUUUCUGAUUUUCUCCAACUUUUUGCUAUUUUCCAAUUUACAUUUUACGAAUAUUUUGGUUGGAAAGCUAGCGAUUUUACUCAAAAAUUUGCAAGUGGAGUUUAUAUAAUUGCCUGGGAUCAUUUAAUUGUUCAGCACUUUUUGCUUGCUUUAAACAGAUUAAUUAUUUUUGUUAGAGCUUUUUAUUUUCCUAAUAAUUAUAAAGAGGAAUCGAAAUCUGAAAGAUGGGCUUUUAAUUUUCUCCUUAUACUUUCGUGGCUAAUUAUGUCAGCACUUCAAGUUUUAUUUAUGACAAUUUGUGGGGGAAUAUGGGAUGAUGAAGCUGUUGGAUUUUUCUAUGAUAAUUCCCCUUGUAGUGAUAAAUAUCGACAAUUAGAAUUUUAUUUUACUAUAGCAUUCCCGGCUAUUUCUAUUUGUUGUUAUGUUGCUAUUAUAUUUAUUCUGAAAAAGUCAAGAGAAUCAACUGAAAAUAUUCAACAACAACAACAGCCCCCAAAACAACAAAACAACCCUUCCAAUAAAAAAAUUAAAAAACAAAACCAAAAGUUUAAUAAACAAGAGAAAAGAAUUUUAAUUAUUUCUGUCCUUCUCUUCUCAAUAAUUACAGCUUUAAUUUUUGCUUGGUAUUUGGAUUAUAAACAUCCCCCAUGGACAAUGCUUUUUCUUGGAUAUCUUUUAAUUAAUACUUCUUUAACUCUAAGCAUGAAUUCAGAAUAUCGAGGACAUUUCUUCCAUUUGUGGAAAAAAAUUUACAAAUUUAUUUUAUUUAGAGAAGUCAUUAGUAAUAAUGUUACAGACGUUAGACAGCAACAACAAACUGCUGUAAUUAAAUUAAGCACUACUGCUGGUACCGGGGCACCGUUAUUUUUACGUAGAAAUGAGGCUAAUAAUGCAAGAAAUGAACAGACAAAAAUAAAUAAUCCUUAA